GUCUGGCGCUGUGGGAGUUGGGCAGGCGCUGUGGGAGGGGACAUCGGAGCGAGGUGGAGAGCAGAGCUGGUCGCGUGAGGUGCGGCGGCUCCGCUUCAAGUGUGACUGGUGGCGACGGUCUCAUCUGAGAGCAGAAGAAUCAGUGCAAUUCCCUAAGCUUUGAUUGCAGUCACCAUGGACCGCCCGGAUGCGGGGCCUCCGGCCAAGACCCUCCGCCUGAGCAGCUCAGAAGUCCGUCAGCGAGACCUGCCGCCCCCGCCACCCCCGCCCCUCCAUCGACUGCCCCUGCCUCCACCCCAGCAGCGUCCGAGACUCCAGGAAGAAACAGAGGCUGCACAGGUGCUGGCUGACAUGAGGGGGGUGGGCCCCACUCUACCCCCACCACUGCCCUAUGUCAUUCUCGAGGAGGGAGGGAUCCGUGCGUAUUUCACCCUGGGUACUGGGAGUCCAGACUGGGAUCCUGCAAUAGAGGCAGGAUUUGGGGAACCCUCUCCCACAGGGAUCAUGGAAACACUUCCCUCUUCAGAAACCUCUGGAGAAAGCCUGGAAAUUGACUUUCAGGUUGCAGAGCCCAGCACUCUUGCUGGAGAGAAAGCCCUAGAAACCUGUAGCUUUGGAGGGUGGGGGGCCCCGAUGUUAGUUUGUCCAAAGAGGAAGGAAGAGGCUAUCAUCAUAGUGGAGGAUGAGGAUGAGGAUGAAAGGGAAAGUAUGAGGAGGUGGCAGCGGCAGCGUCGUCGUCGUCGUCGUCGUCGGAAGCAGAGAAAGGUGAAGGAGAGCAGGAGUGCCCAGAGGAUGGAAAGCAUACUGCAGGCCCUGGAGAGCAUUCAAAUGGAUCUGGAGGCGGUGAACGUCAAGGCAGGCAAGGCCUUCUUGCGUCUCAAGCGCAAAUUCAUCCAGAUGCGAAGGCCCUUUUUGGAGCGCAGAGACCUCAUCAUCCAGCAUAUCCCAGGCUUCUGGGUCAAAGCAUUCCUCAACCACCCCAAAAUUUCAGUCUUGAUCAACCAACGUGAUGAAGACAUUUUCCGCUACUUGACCAAUCUUCAGGUACAGGAUCUCAGACAUAUCUCCAUGGGCUACAAGAUGAAGCUAUACUUCCAGACCAACCCAUACUUUACAAACAUGGUGAUUGUCAAGGAGUUCCAGCACAACCGCUCAGGCCGCUUGGUGUCUCAUUCUACUCCAAUACGUUGGCACCGUGGCCAGGAACCCCAGGCCUAUAAUCGCAGAAACCAUGAUCCCAGAGAAAGCUUCUUCAACUGGUUUACCAACCAUAGCCUCCCAGAAGCUGACAGAAUUGCUGAGAUUAUCAAGAAUGACCUGUGGGUUAACCCAGUGCGCUACUACAUGAGAGGAAGUGGCUACAGGACAAACAGAAAGAAGCAUGAAAGAAAGGAAAGUAAAUCCAAGAACAAAUACGAAAUGGUGAUCAUGGAAGAUGCUCAUGACCAUUAUGCCAUUGAAGACAUUCUCAGUGAAAUCUCAGAAACUGAUGAGAUCACUGACAAUGAGACCGUUCAUGAUAUCAAGAUCUCUGACUUCAUGGAGACCACCGACUAUUUUGAGACCACUGAUAAUGAGGUAACUGAUGUCAAUGAGACCCUGUGUGAAAGUGAGUAUCCUGACCAUAAUGUGGUCCUCAACAAUAAGGUCACUGACAACACAGAGAUCAUUGCUAUAAGUCCAGAUGACAACAGUGAGAACCCAGAAGAAAACACCUAUGACAGUGAGGAUUCCAGCAACGAGAAAGCUGAUGGUGACAACAAAAGCCUAGAAGGUGACAGCCAGCAGGGUAAUACUAUCCAGGACAGCAGUGAUAGUGACAAUGAAGAUGAGGGCAGUGAUAGUGAGGGCAGUGAUGAUGAUGGCAAUGAGGGUGACAAUGAAAGCAGUGAUGAUGAUGACAGGGACAUUAAAUACUAUAAGAAUGGCAUUGAUGUCUUUGACAAGACUCUGGAUAACAGCACCAACCAGGAUGACUAUGAGGAGGAGGUAGAAAUCAUCUCUGAAGAAUCAAUGGAGGAAGAAGAGGAAGAGGCUCGUGAGGAAGGUAGUGAGCUAGGCGAGGAGAGCUAUGUAGAGGAACAAAUCUAUGAAGGGGAAGAAAGUGAAGUGAACUCAGAAGAUUCUGAUAUCCAGGAGGUGCUGCCGGUCCCAAAUGCUUGGGCCAGCCUGGGGAAGAACAAGAAAAUCGGAUAAACAUUUGGGGUCUCUCUGUAUAAACCCCUAUCCCCUAUCCCAUUUGCCCUCCUCUUCAGCUAGGGCUGUGCGGUCCCACAUUGCACUUCUGGGGUUAGACUGACUUAUUACACUGGUUUAAAGUUUAUUUUUAUGGUUUAGUAAUUGCAGAGUUCUUAUUUGGAGGAGGGAUUACCCUCCCCUUCAGCUCUCCUCUCCCGCAGGCUUCUGUGUGCUGCUAAUAUAUAUUGUGAUGCCUUGGUCAGGGCCCCUUUAGCCCCCUUCGUAAGCUUAGGCCCAAGCCCCUCUCUCCGUGCUUUGUGGACAUCCUGAUCACUAAGUAAGGAGGGCCGCUGUGACCUUCUUCACAACUGCGCAGUGGCCUCAAGACUCUGCUACCACCCCCUUUUCCCGAGUUUCUCGGCAAUCCCUUUCUUCCCUUCAUCAGCCCUGACCGCUAGCUCGCGUCAGUGUUUUUGCAAGGCAGCUUCGCCUUUGUGGUAUUCCAGCUCCCCAGAAGCCCCGCCCCUUCCUUCCCCCGUGACCCUUGACAAGCCUAAUAAAACUGAGCAAAUUCAAA